UUUAAGACCAGGAAAAGGCAUUAGUUGCUGGCAACCACGAAGGGACCCUAAAGACCUAGAAAAUCACAGCCCUGGGUUGGAACACAUCUUGCUUUGCCCCUCUCUUUGCCGGCAAAUUACAGAGGGGCCGGAGCAACAAUCUAAGACUGUGACCAGGACUUUAGGACCCAGCACGGAAAGUCAGAAGCACGGAAAGAGAAGCUCCAGAGAUUCAUCGUGUUAUCCAAACCAAUAGGAUUGGACACACCUGCUCAUCCAUUCCAGCCUGGAGACUCGGUCUACAUCAAGUGGCGGGACAGCGACCCCUUGCAAGCCAAGUGGAAGGGACCAUUCCAAGUUUUGCUGACCACUUUUACUGCGGUCAAGGUUGCUGUCAAGGGACCGUGGAUUCACUACUCCAGGGUGAAGAAAGCUUCUGCUCCUGAAAUCACCAAGAAGACAGAGACUAAUACAAAUCAGAAAGAUGCAGUCUAAACUGUUUUUUACACGUUUGCUAUUUACCCAACUGGGAACCAUGGUUCAGGGUUCACCCCAUGAUUUGCAUAAGACUGUGGUCCAAAAUGUGUCCAAAAUUCUUAAUAAGAGCGAUUGCUGGAUCUGUACUCAGUUACUACCUCUAGAUGGGAAGGGUCACUGGCCAUUGAUUGGCAUUUUAAUGGAAGAGAACUGCACUGAAACAUGGGAACCAAUUAAUAGCACCCUUCUGCCUCCCAUUACCCUGAGUGGCCUGGUAGAGCGUGCAAACUAUAAGGUUCCUUGUGCAAUUGUAAACGCCACAGGAAAAGCUGUUCUUCCUUCAUAUUGUCAUCAGACCCAUUUCAGGGAAAUAAUAGACCCAAGAAUUGCGGCGAAGAUGAAAUUGACUGGGUGGAGACUGGCUCAGCCGUUUGGGACGGGGUUGUAUUGGAUAUGUGGUGAUAACGCCUGGAAAGUUAUGCCCGUGAACAAAGACCAGGCUUGUGCUAUUGGGGCUGUGGUCCCAAAUAGAACAAUAUUUGACCAUCUUGAAAAACCAAAUGAGAGGGAAAAAAGAUCUCUUAAUCCCCUCAUUGAAUGUCCCACACUUUUUCAUGGCAUAAUCAGAGCCCUUGUACCUGCUUAUGGAGUAGUUGAACUGGAGAGAGCAAUUGUAAACAUCUCGGCUGUCAUUGAACGUAUUAAGCAGCAUACUGCAGAUGCAAUUUCAGCCUUACAGGAAGAAGUUGGCAGUCUGUCCCGUGCAGUUAUGCAAAACAGGAUAGCUCUCAAUUUCAUACUUGUUGCACAAGGAGGUGUAUGUGCUAUUGUCAGUACCAAUUGUUGUUCUUAUGUGGACCAAAGUGGAAGAAUUAAGAAAGAUUUGGAUGAAAUUUGGAAGGGAACUCAAAUUCUACAUGAAACGGCUUCUAGAAAUAACACUUUAAAAUUUGAUCAUAUUUUUGAUACCCUCACCUCAUGGUUACCAAACUGGGCCUGGGUAAAAGAAAUAUUCAUAAUAGUUGUAAUUGUAGUUAUUAUCUGUGUAAUUUCCUGUGGAGCAGCCGGUUGUGUAAACCAGUUCUGCGGGUAAAAAAUAGAGUAGAGUAGAGACUAGACAAGAUAGAGUUUUGUUAGUCUCUAAAAGGGGGGAAAUGAUGCCAUGAAGAUUUUUGCCUUUUCUUUUAUACCCCUGUUACACCUUUUUACAACUU